AUGCUAGAGGGCUGGGACGCGGGAGCCGUCUGGGCUCUCACCAGGCGUUUCAUUGGCGAAGCCAUGUCUUCCUUUAUUGCCAACUACCCAAUGAUGUAUCACGACCACUUCAGCGGCUAUGAGCCGUUUGUGGCCUCCCUGAUCGCAGGCUGCGCCGUCUACUCCUCAAUCUUUGUCUGUUUCCCCCUGAGCGGAGCUCAAAUCAACCCCGUGGUCACUAUUGCCGUAGUCAUUACGCGUCGUAUGAGCAUCAUCUACGUGCCACUGUACUGGUCAGCUCAGGUCUUUGGAGCUCUGUGUGCCCUCCAGAUUGGUCGUUCUCUGUCGCCGUUUGUGGCCAACCGGACUGAACUGGGCAUGGCAAUGCCCAAACCCGGUGUCACCCUUCUGGAUGAGUUGCGUUUGCACAGUUUCCAUCCCGCCAAUCGAUUCAACGCGUUUACGCUAUUGGUCAGCGUCUUCCUCAUGAUCGAAACCAUUGCAGUAAGUCCAUUUCCCCGUUGCUCAGAGCCCAAAAGGGAAGUUGGUUUAUAUAAAGAGUUGUUGUGA